AUGGCUGAAAAUAGACUAUUUGCCUUCGUAAAUCAUUAUUAAAAUAAUUCAGAUUGGUAUUCAUUAAAUUAAAUUUAAAUCCAAAUGAUCAUUGAAGAGAAUGAGUUCGACAAACAAAUAGAUGAUCUCCUAAACAAAGAGAAGACAGCUCGUCUAGCCAAUAAUUUAGUUGAAACACUUAAAGUGACCAAACAAAUUGCUAGAUUGUGUUUUGAUACAAAAUAAUACUCAAAAUUUAAUGAAUUGAUAGUAUCACUUAGUAAAAAGAGGGGAUAACCAAAAAAAGCAUAAAUUGAACUUGUUUAAAUGGCUAUGAUUGAAUUAAAGACACUUCCAAUUAAUUAAAAAUUGGAAAUGAUAGAUGCCAUUAUGAAAGUAUGUGAAAAGAAGAUUUACUUAGAAGUUGAGUAUGCUCGUUGUGUAUUGAUGCUCACUCAAUACAAAGAAGAUGAUAAUCAAAUUGCUGAUGCUGCAAAAAUAUUAUAAGAAGUCUAAGUGGAAACCUAUGGCUCUAUGGACAAAAGAGAAAAAUUGGAAUUCAUCCUAUAUCAUAUGAAAAUUAUGAUUAAGAAAUUGGAUUAUGUUAGACUAUUCAUAAUCUCCAAGAAAAUUGAACCUAAAAAUAUUGAAGAGGACAAUAUUGCAGAUCUCAAAAUCAUUUAUUAUUCAUUCUUAGUCAUUUAUUAUAGACACGAAAAUAACUAUCAAGAAACAGCUCAUGCCUAUUCUAAAAUAUUGGAAUCAUUGCAUAAAAAUAGAUAAUUAGAAACCACAAAAGUUGAUUUCAAUUUCAAAAUUGAUUACAACACUGUUCUAGAAAAUUAUGCUCUUUAUACAAUAUUGAGCCAAUAUUCUGAGGAAAAAUAAAAAUAAUUGUAGUCCAUUGCAACAACAUAUAAAUAUGGUCUUGAAGCAUUGCCUAACCUAUAACAAUUAAUUUAAGCAUUUUUGGGAACUGAAUUGAUUAGCACUGAACCAUAAACUCAUAAUAUCCAAGCAGCUGAGAUUUUUGAUGAGUCUAUUGAGAAUAACCAAUAAAGAUACAAAGACUUUAGAAGAUAACUAAUUCACCAUAAUUUAAGAAUUUUCUAAAUCUAUUAUGAUUCUGUCUAUCUUAAUAGAAUAACAGAGUUAAUUGCCAUUAGUACUGAGGAAUUAGAGGAAGAAAUAUGCAUAAUGAUGGAUUAAAAAUUACUUAAAUGCAAGAUUGAUAGAAUAUAAGGAAUAGUUGAUUAUUAGUUAAAGAAGAACGAAAAUGAUGUGUUAUAGGAGUGGGGGGACAAUGUAAAUAAAGUCUUAAAUCUUAUUGAUUUAACAAGCAAUUUGAUUAAAAGAGAAGAAGAAUUGUUUUUAUGA